CAACCAGGAAGCGGAGCAGGAGGAGCCUCCAGCCGCCUCCGCCUCUGCCUGCAAGCGGGGACCCGGAGGAGCCUUGCCCGGCUCGGCCCGGCCGCCUCUCCUGCCCGGCGGUGGGUAGGUGGGUGCGUGGAGAUGGCCGGGUCCGGCUGGGCACCUCCGCAGCUGGAAGAUUUCUUGCUAACCGAGCGGCUGGGCAGCGGCACCUACGCCACCGUCUUCAAAGCCUACAGGAAGAAGAACACCCGGGAAGUGGUAGCCAUCAAAUGCGUGAGUAAGAAAAAUCUGAACAAGGCCUCUGUCGAAAACCUGCUGACCGAAAUUGAGAUCCUGAAGAAUGUCCGGCACCCUCACAUUGUGGAGUUAAAGGACUUCCAGUGGGACAAGGAAUAUAUCUACUUAAUCAUGGAAUAUUGUGCGGGAGGUGAUCUGUCCCGUUUCAUUCAUAGCCGGAGGAUUCUUCCAGAAAAGGUGGCUUGUAUAUUUCUACAACAACUGGCAGCUUGUGCCUUGAAGUUUCUUCACGAUAAGAAUAUCUCCCAUCUGGACCUCAAACCCCAAAAUAUCCUACUGAGUUCCUUGGAGAAACCUCAUCUCAAGCUGGCAGAUUUUGGGUUCGCACAACACAUGUCCCCCAGGGAUGAGAAGCACGUGCUGAGAGGUUCUCCACUUUACAUGGCACCAGAAAUGGUGUGCAGUCGGCAAUACGAUGCUCGCGUAGAUUUGUGGUCGGUGGGCGUGAUUCUCUAUGAGGCCCUCUUUGGCCGACCCCCUUUUGCCUCCAAAUCUUUUGCUGAGCUGGAGGAGAAGAUCCGGAGCAGCCAACCCGUUGAGCUUCCCAGCCGCCCCCGUCUCUCCCCGGAAUGCCGGGAUCUCCUGCAACGUCUUUUGCAAAGAGACCCCCAGCAGCGCAUCUCCUUCCAGGCGUUCUUCGCGCACCCCUUUGUGGAUAUGGAGCACAUGCCCAGUGCGGAAAGUUUGGGGAAUGCAACCAAACUUGUCAUGGAGGCCGUCAAGAAGGACCAAGAAGGUGACAUGGCCACCGCCCUGUCACUCUACUCCAAAGCUCUGGAGUACUUUGUUCCUGCCUUACGCUUUGAACGGGACGCCCAACGGAAGGAAGCCAUCCGAGCCAAGGUGAGCGAUUAUAUCUCACGUGCAGAGCAGCUCAAGGCGCUGGUGGCAUCGGACAACAAAGCCCUUUUGCAAAAAGGCUGCUCUGAACGGGACAUUUUAAAAGAGAUGUCCAAAAACAAACCUCGCCUUUACGCUGCUCUGGAUGUGGCAUCUGCUGCUGUGGCAAAGGAAGAAGAAGGAAAGGAGGACAGGGAAACCCUGGAGUUGUAUCAGCAGAGUUUGGGCGAAUUGCUGCUGAUGCUGGCUGCGGAACCUGCAGGAAGAAGGCGAGAAUUGCUACACACUGAGAUCCAGACGCUGAUGGGCCGAGCAGAGUAUCUUAAAGAACAGAUCAAGAUCAAGGAAUCGCAGUGGGAAGCUGAGACCAUCGGAAAUGAGGGCCUUUCGGAUUCUGUGAGAAACUCAUGUACUUUGCAGUGACCCAUUGCCAGGAACUGGCUCAGGAGCUUCCGUACCUCAACCAGCAAGCGGUGGACAAUCUGAAUUUACACCCCAUUUUUGGGGCGACUAAGAGUUGCUGGCCUAGAGCCAUGUCCCUCUGCAGAUUCGGACGGAUGGAGCAAACUCUGGAGAAUCUGAAAUUUUGUAGACAGACAGCCUUGGUAUGACGUGGUUUAUUUUUCCAGUUGGCAGAACCGAACUGAAGUGAGUAACCUUAGAUCAGGGGCUCCCCAAACUCAGCAGUUGAAGUCCACAAGUCUUAAAGCUGCCAAGUUUGACGACCUCUGCCUUAGAGCCUAGCUAUAUCAAGCAUUUAAAGAGCAGGGAAUAAGCUCAGGGUACUUCCGUGGAAGUUGCGUAGCGUAUACGGUGGUACACAAUGUUUACAAUGGGGUGAUGCCAGGAUGGUUCUCUUGUGCAUUAUCCUGGCUGAGAAAAGAUGGAGAAUCUUAUAGAGAAAUGUCUUCAUAAACUAUUUCGAACACCUGCAA